AUGGCUGCAUCAAUCUCGAGCAGGGAUGAUGUUACCGGCAUGCAGGCGGCUAUGGACAAUCUCACAUCGAUGGAGGCCAACGGCUCUCUCUUCAGCAGCAACUCGCUAGAUUUCUGCAUCGACUGCGCCUCGACGGAGAGGAUCAGAGCAGAGCUGCUCGACACUGAAGCCUUCUAUGAGUCCAUUGCCCAUGAGAUCCAGGCCGACAACUUCCUACAUGCUCCCCUUGCUGGGCCAGGAUUUCAGUUCGCUCGGAACGCAGAAGGAAAGGUGGUUAUCAACUCGAUCUUGGCUGGAGGAUCAGCCGACUGCGAUGGGAAGAUCCAAAUAGGAGAUGAGAUUGUCGCUGUGGACGGAGUCGAUUGCAAGGAUCUGAUCGCGCGCCAUAUCAAACAACUCAUCCUUGGGCCAAAGGAUUCCACUGUGUCGCUCACGGUCAACUUGCCACGAUGGCUCAACAGCGAUUCAUCGUCAAACAGGGACAGCGAGUCAUACGUGACGGCCUCGUCGAUUCAAAGUGAAAAGCUUCGAGUGGGUGAUGCUGACGGCUCUGCCUUGGUCUUGACACCUCUCAAGCAGAGAAGUUUUGCGACCCAAGAAGACGACAUCUCAUCGGACUCCAGCUCCUGUUACUACUCACAGUAUGAUGGCAUCGAUGAGGGGCAGAGAUAUAUGUCAAAGAAUUUCGACAGUCUGAGGCUUCAAGGUUGCAUGGAAGAGAACAAGCAGCUGAGAUCGAUCCUGACGGAACUUGCACGGCUGAACUCAUCGUUCCGUUGCCUCACCUCUGACAUGGACGCUGCUAUGAAGGAUAUCUUUGAUGAGAUGAAUCAUCUUCACCUGAAGGACAAGGAGCGAGAGGAGGAGGAGGAGCGAGCUCGAGCAACAGCCCAGCAAGAGGAGGAGGAAAUGCGCAUGUUGAUCCAACAUGAGCUGCUGUGUUGCGAGGAUGCACUGUUGGCACAUGACAAGAUCGUCCAGCAGAUGCAGUCGCACCUGCAGGCUUGUGAACUCGAACUCGCUCAGCUCCGAUCUGAGAAGGAGAGGAGGCAAGAGGAAGACAAGUGGAUGAGGCAAGAGGAAGUGAAGGAGAAGAAGACGGAGGACGAGAAGGAGAGAAAGGAGGAAGAAUCAGAGCAGAGAAUGGAGGAGGCAAAGAGGAUGGAGAAGCUGCUAGUUCAAUCUCUUGAGCUUGAGGAGACGACACGGCAGGUCCGCCGGAUGUUUGCGGAGGAGGCGGCGAAUCGCAGUGUCAUCGAGCAUCUCCAAGCUAAGCUGAGGGAUGCAAGACAAGAGAGAGCGCGAAAUGGGGAGCAGCUGGAGAGAGCGAAGGAGCGGCUGCUGGAGAUGGAGAGGCAAGUGAAAGCUCUCGACUUGCCUUCGAGCCUCGCGGACCUCGGGGAGGCUCUGCGGGUCGAGGUUGAGAGGAGGAGAGACGAGGAGGGGGAGGCGGCGAACGCCGAGAGGAUCGCGCAGCAGGCGGCUCGAAUGGUACUCAGUGAGAUAGUCAGCUCAGAGCUCACGCGGAUGACGAUGGAGCUGAGGGAGGUGGAGGAGGAGGCGCGUCUUGUGCUUGGGAGCUUUGAGAGCCUGUUGUCGGGGAGGACGCAGGAGAGCAUGGAGAAGAGUUGGAUCCUCUCCCUCUCCCAAGUGGCGAACAUGUCGAAGAUGCUCAAGGAUGCCAACAAGGAGGCGAGCAUAGACAUUCAGACUCCUGCAGCAAUGAGCAGCAGCGAAGAAAUUCGUCAGUUGCCUGCUCCUGCUCCUGCUGCUUCGACUCUUGCUGCUUGGACUCCUGCUGCUCCUAUCUCUUCUCAUCUUCCUCUUGAGGACAUCACUGAACUUCGCAGCAUGGCGGAUGCUAUGGCAGUUGAACUUCAGGAAGUCGUGGACGAAAUGGUGUAUGACUCCAAGCAUGCUGCGGCUAUCUUGCGCAACCUUGAAGAGGAGAAGAAAUGUUUGCUUACAGCCCUCGAAAGAUUUUACAAGCUUCCAAAUCCAGUCGGCGUCGGCAUCAUCGUUGGCAUUCGUUCAUCCCGUCCGUCUGUUCAGAUUCCUCUCACCAUUUCCCACGGUGCUGAGGAUUGGAGCAAAGCGCUCGGAAGUGCCGUGGGAAACGUGAUAGGCAGCGCUCUUACCGGCAAACAGGUCAGUGUCAUGGAGCAGGAAGUGUUUGUCGUCGAGCGUCUCGUUCCCAACCUGUCGGCCGCCAUGUCGGGCAUGGUGCCGGUGGGGGCAGAGAUCCUGCAGAUCGACCAGAAGGAAACAAGAGGACGAUCGCUCAAGGCCGUACAGGAGAUGCUCUUCGGGGAGAGAGGAAGCCUGGUUCGUUUGCAACUUCGGCUGGGGCAGAAGGUCUCUGUCAUCAUCCUGAAGCGUGGAGAAGGGAAUUUAUUCGAUUGCGACGUUGCGAUGGAAAACAAGCUGACGGCCUCGCUCGGAAUGUUCCGGAGAUUGCAUGACAAGACAAUUCUACACGUUGAAACAUUUGCAAUGUCAAUCUUGCGUGUGAUGCUGUUUGAACAGAUAUUAUCGUUCCUUGACCAUCAUGCCCUGUGUAGACUGUCUUCAGUCAGUGUGGGCAUGUACUGCUUCAGCCAUCAUACCGAUUGUUACUCCGACAUUCUCUUCGAGCCGUGGAUGAACGCCAACAUGGCCAUCGAUCCGAGCUGGCUCACAGUCGAGAACGUCGACAGGCGGAGUGGGCUGACGGCCCAGGAGUUUGUAGAGAACUAUGAGAAGCGCAACCUGCCGGUCAUUCUCACCGACGUCAUCCCGAAAUGGCCGGCAAGCGAGAGCUGGAAGUGUGAGAAUCUGUUGAAGAAAUAUGCAGACACCAAGUUUAGAGUCUCAGCAACCAUGGACAUGAAGCUCGAGGAUUUUCUUGAUUAUUGCAAUCAUGCGCGCGAAGAGCGACCCCUGUAA